AUGGUCAAGUUCAGCAUGUACGGACGAGGGCUCAGCCUUCGGCUGGCCAUCAUGUUCACCUGCCAAGCGGCAUUUAUUUUAUUCGGCUACAAUCAGGCUAAUUUCUCCGGGAUCACCAACAACCCGGAUUUUCUUGAGAUCGUCCAUAAUCCCAGCACGGCUGUCAUGGGGAUCUUGGUGUCUAUAUACAAUCUGGGCUGUCUUCUCGGCACAGUGGUCUCCUUCCUGACUAGCGACAAAUUAGGUUUUCGAAGGUCCAUGUGGCUUUCGAUGUGUAUAAUCAUAAUUGGGGCUACGGUCCAGACAUGCUCCUACUCCAAAGUACAGUUUCUCGUGUCCCGGUUCGUCACUGGCGUCGGAGUUGGCGUCAUGACAACAAUCGUGCCCGUGUACCAAUCAGAAUUAUGCGAUGCACGGAGGCGAGGAAUGUACGUCUGCGCUCAACCUCUUGCCGUCGGGGUAGGCAUUACCAUCUCCUACUGGUUCGACUACGGAAUGAGCUAUGUCGACGGCCCUAUCAACUGGAGGCUUCCCCUAGCCUGCCAGAUGAUCUUCGCAAUUAUUGUUAUCAUACAAAUUCUUGGACUUCCGGAAAGUCCUCGAUGGUUGUGCCGCCAGCAUAGAAAACAGGAGGCCUUGCAAGUCCUAUGUGAUUUCUAUGACCGGCCAUUGGACGAUCCCAAGGUGAUUCAGGAAGCAGAGAGCAUUUUCAGGGCCAUCGAAAAUAGCCAGGCAGAGUACAAGUGGUCUGAAAUCAUCAAGAAAGAUGACAUUCAUACCGGCCGACGAAUUUUACUGUCCUACGGGUUGCAGUUCAUGAAUCAGAUGGGAGGUCCUGGUUUGAUUGUCACAUAUGUCACGACAGUCCUAGAGGAUAACGUGGGCCUAGAUGCCAAGCUGAGUUUAUUGCUCGGUGGAGUGAUCCAAGUGAUGUUUGUCUUGGGAGCCUUCUAUCCCAUCUUUUUCUGCGAUCGACUAGGACGGCGUAGCCCAAUGAUGUGGGGAUCCUUCGGUCAAUUCGUCUGCAUGCUGAUGAUCUCCAUUCUUCUGUCCUUCAAAGGGACGACUUUGGAAAAGUCCGCCGCCACGGCCUCGGUGGCGUUCUUCUUUUUGUUCAUGCUCAUCUACGGGGCCACCAUUAACUGCAUACCAUGGGUGUAUGGUCCAGAGUUACUUCCUCAACAUGUUCGGACAAAAGGGCAAGCCAUCGGAAUUUCGGCUAACUGGCUCUGGAGUUUCUUCGUGGCCAUGAUAUCUCCGACUCUGAUCCGAGAGCUGGCAUGGAAAGGCUACCUCAUCUUCACCUGUUUUAACCUCAUCUUUGUCCCUAUCUUGUAUUUUUACUAUCCUGAGACGGCGAACCUCAGUCUCGAGGAGAUUGAUUCCUUGUUCACGGAUAACAAGGGCCCGGCGGUCCCUGAAGAUGAUAAGGGAUUCACCUGGGUGGAGGUCAGAGCCAUGAACUAG